GCCCCUUUGGCGGGGAUGUUAUCUUUGUCACAGUCAGUACCCAAGAAAAUGCCUGAUUGCUGCCACAAAAAUACAUGGCACUGUUGCGCACCAGACAAAACCCUUAUAUCAAUUACAUUCUCUAAACCCUAAUUUUCAAAUUUGUGUCUACCCAUCUAUUUGUCAUACAUCUUCUUCUUCCAGCCUUCUCGCUUCCUACUCAAAUUUUCAAUCCAAAUAGUGCUGCUUCGAAAUGCUUUUUAGGGAUGCAGAAGCUGCUGCAAAAGAGCCCUUCAAGCCCCCUCCUUUGUACUUCUGUUACCACUAGUUUUCUUUCUUCGUCUUGUAUAAAUAAACCCAGAAACUAUUUCUAUUCUCAGUCUAAUAAAAUCCCUUUUCUUUCUCUCACUUUAAAGCCCUGUACCUCUAUCUCAAUGCCAACGGCCACAGUUGGUGGGGGCAGCUUUUCUCUUGCAGCUUGCAUAGCAAAAAGGGCCAAACCCACACUACCUUACCGCUUGUCUUAUAGUGGCUGCUGCUGUGCUACCGGCAACAGAGCAAAAAAAACUCCUCCUUUUCGUGGUUGUGUUGUGUCACGGCCUGCGUGGAACCACACAGCGGCUGGGGCUGGUUUGGAGGGACCUGCAACUCCUGCUGUUUCAGUAGCUGAAGCAUUGAAGAGAUGUGAUGGUGGAGACUGUGAGAAACAAGAAAAAAAUGAAAAGGGCUCAGAGGAAACGACGGUGAGGAUGAAUAGGCGGCAGAGGGGGUCAAGUGAGGGGGUGGGUAACGCUGAUUUGUUGACAAUUCCAGGGGUGGGGCCAAAGAAUUUGAGGAAGCUGGUGGAGAAAGGGUUACGGGGAAUGGCAGAGCUCAAGCAGCUGUAUAAGGAUAAGUUUCUGGGGAAGGCUAAUGAGACAAUGGUUGAGUAUUUACAGAGUUCUGUAGGAAUUAUCCACAAAAAUCAUGCUGAGAGCAUAACAACUUUCGUCAAAGAGAGUGUGGAUGAAGAGUUAAAGGAUGUAAACACAGAAGUGAAAACUGCAUCAAAGAAUCGAAUCACAUUUUGUGUUGAAGGAAAUAUUAGCGUUGGGAAGACAACAUUUCUUCACAGAAUAGUUCGUGAUACGAUUGAGCUUCGCGACCUUGUUGAAGUGGUGCCAGAACCCAUUGAUAAGUGGCAGGAUGUUGGUCCUGACCACUUCAAUAUUCUUGAUGCAUUCUAUGCUGAACCGCAUAGGUAUGCCUAUACCUUUCAGAAUUAUGUGUUUGUCACAAGGGUGAUGCAAGAGAGAGAGUCAUCUGGUGGAGUAAAGCCACUCAGGUUGAUGGAGAGGAGUAUUUUUAGUGACAGAAUGGUCUUUGUACGAGCUGUGCAUGAAGCAAAGUGGAUGAAUGAGAUGGAGAUCAGCAUUUAUGACUCAUGGUUUGAUCCAGUUGUCUCAGUUUUACCUGGCCUUAUUCCUGAUGGUUUUAUCUAUCUUCGAGCAAGCCCUGAUACUUGCCACAAGAGAAUGAAGCUGCGGAGGAGAGCAGAAGAGGGUGGUGUCAGCCUAGACUAUCUCCGUGACUUGCAUGAAAAGCAUGAGAGCUGGCUUUUCCCUUUCCAAAGUGGUAAUCAUGGAGUUUUAUCUGUCAGUAAGCCACCCCUACAGUUGGAUAAUGCUUUACAUCCUGAAAUUAGAGAUCGUGUGUUUUAUUUGGAAGGCAACCAUAUGCAUUCAAGUAUUCAAAAGGUGCCUGCUUUGGUUCUUGAUUGUGAAGCCAACAUUGAUUUUAGCAGAGAUAUCGAAGCAAAGGAGCACUAUGCACACCAAGUUGCAGAGUUCUUUAAAUAUGUGAAAAACAGGAAAGAAGUUUCACCCUCAAAACCUGGCGAAGGUGGUCUUAACAGCAACCGACAGGUGUUGCUGCCGCAUGAAGGUGGAUUGUUUUUACCUAGCAAAAGGCACUUCCCAGAGUCUGCUCUCAAAUCUUUAGAUUUUAGACGAACAAUGUCAUUCAUGUCUGGUCAGUGAUUGUUUGUCUGGACUUCUUUUCCAACUGCAUGUCUGCAAUCAUCUGAUGUGACAUGUUUGGGUGCUCUGUUCGUGUAAAGAUGUUCACUGUAGGCUUUAAAGUGUAGAGAUGUUCGUCUUGUUGAAUGCUUUGGUAAUCUAAUGUGUGAUUGUUGAAGCUUUAUUUCUACUGAAAAUGGUUGCGUUGGGAAGGUAUAGUAAUGAAAUUGGAGUGCCAACUUUAGUCUUUCA